UACACUACACCAUUUUCAUUUGAAUUUCAAACGGUCGCGGCGCCAUAACUUUAACAAGCGGGUGUUUUGUUUUCUGCAAUAAAAUCUGUUGAUUUGUUUAGAAAAUUCGCGGAACCUUGAACAAUUAAAGAGGAAAUUCCGCGAUUUGUGUUUUCGGUUACCUGCUGCACCUACAUACAUAAAAAAACGAAAAUUACAUAUAAUGGCUUUAAUAGAGGUGUGAAUGUCGUGUCAGAGGUGUCAUUUGUGUUUUGUAAGUGUUUCAUCGCAGUGCAUACACGCCAGCAGUAUAGAAGAUUGAUUUUGCACAGCAGCCGCGCUACAGCCAAACAAAAAAAAACAAAAACUAUCACAACCACCGGGCGGGUAAAGCAAAGACACCCAUCCCCCAAGAGCAUAGAAGGCAAAGGAAAAGCACAACAAUACGACGGUGUCAAAAAAAGCCAAAGUCUACGGCAUCAUCCAUCAUUAAAUUACAAACAGCUUACAGCUGAAGCAGACGGAAAAGCUGUUGCCGCGAGAUGGGCGACUUGGAAAGUGUACGGGUGGCUCUAAGAGUUCGACCCUUGGUGCCUUCGGAAAUAAAUCGCGGAUGCCAGGUGGCUGUGGAAAAGGUGGAGGGACAGAAUCAGGUGGUGGUGAAUAACACCGAUGCGUUCUCCUUUAAUUUUGUCUUCGACUAUCAAGAUACACAGGAGCAGGUGUACAACAUGUCCGUUUCUGAUAUGCUAGACAAAUUGUUUGGUGGCUUCAAUGCCACCAUUUUGGCCUACGGCCAGACUGGUUCUGGCAAAACCCAUACAAUGGGUACGGCCUUUAAUGGGGCUCUGGAUGCUGAUGUCGGAGUAAUACCUAGAGCUAUGCAUGAUAUAUUCGAACGCAUUAAAAAGCUCUCGGAUUCCUAUGACUUCAGUGUUAAGUGCUCCUUUAUGGAAUUGUAUCAGGAACAGCUGUACGAUUUGCUAUCCAACAAAUCGCGUGAUGAGAGCAUAGUCGAUAUGCGUGAGGACCGCAGUGGCAUCAUAAUGGUGGGCCUAACCGAGCAACAGGUUCUAACGGCGCAGGAGACCACCGAUUGCUUAGUGCGCGGCUCCACAGGCAGAGCUGUGGCAUCCACGGCUAUGAAUGAGGCCUCCUCGAGAUCACACGCCAUCUUCACUGUGACCUUACAGGCAACCAAAAAAGAUGAAUCGCGCGCUGUGACCACCUCUAAAUUUCAUUUGGUAGAUCUGGCCGGUUCAGAGCGCUCCAAAAAGACCGGUGCCACUGGUGAUCGUUUUAAGGAGGGUGUCAAAAUCAAUCAAGGCCUGUUGGCCCUGGGCAAUGUAAUUUCAGCUUUGGGAGAUGGAAAAGGUGCUGGUUUUGUUCGUUAUCGUGAUUCCAAAUUAACACGCCUGCUGCAAGAUUCACUUGGUGGAAAUUCUGUUACUCUUAUGAUUGCUUGCGUAUCUCCAGCCGACUAUAAUGUGGCCGAGACACUGAGUACACUGCGUUAUGCCGAUCGUGCACGUAAAAUUAAAAAUAAACCCAUUGUCAAUCAAGAUCCACAUGCUGCUGAAAUUAAUCGCCUCAAGGGUAUCAUACAAAAGCUUCGUGUUGAGCUUCUUACCAAGGGUGGAACUAUGAGUAGCUCUUUGACCACAGAAUUGGAGGGGGUCACCCCACCCGUACUGCCCCUUAUGACCUCCUCAAUGCCCAAUAUAGUGGCUUCGGAGGAACAAAAUAGAAAAUAUAAGGAAUUGCAGGACAAAUAUCGUGCAUUGCAACAGCAAUGGCAAAUGACCCUACACGAUGUUACCGAACACGAGUUGAGGGCACAUAUAGCCGAAACUGCUCAAGAAACACUGAAAACCAAGACCGAUGAAAUGAAGAGCUACAUCCUUGAAAUCUCCUCCAAAUGCAAAAAUAAUUCAAUGGAUGAGGAGAAGCUUAUGGAGACUGUUAUGUGCAUUAGCAAAAUGGUGGAGGGGUUCGAUGAAGAACUGGCCAAGGCUCAAACAGAGCUAAUGGAUCACAAGAAUAGUUCAUCCAUGGGAGACUCUGUUAGUGCAGACAUGGAUGGUGAGAACGAGGAAAAUGAAGGCUCUCUAGCGUCUUCCUCCGAGAUGCAUGCCUUGGUACAAGAACGCACCGACGCCUUUACCAACAAACAAAUGGAAAUCAAUGAUCAACUGCGUCGCAUUAAUCGUGAAUUGAGCCUCAAGGAACAAUUGCAACAGCGUAUGGCUGGAAAUUUCAGCAAAUUUUCCACUCUGGAUGAGGACAUGGAGGAGAAGUUCAAAGAAUGUGAACAAAAAAUUCAAGAACUUGAAAAUGAAAAGGCUGAACUUUUGGAUAAGUUAAAGCAUGUCAAAGAGAAUGCUUCGGCCAAAUUGGCCGAAGAAAGGCGUAAGCGUUUGCAGGCUUUGGAGCAAGAAAUUAACGAUAUGAAACGCAAAAAUCUGCAACAGGCCAAGCUUCUGAAGAUACGUGAAAAAGAGACUCAAAAAAUUAAAAAUCUUAGUUUCGAGAUACAGGCUAUGAAAGAGUCAAAGGUCAAACUCAUAAGAGCCAUGCGCGCUGAGUCUGAGAACUUUAGGCAAUUCAAGAUGAUGCGCGAAAAGGAAUUAAUGCAGCUGAGAAACAAAGAUCGAAAAAUGCAAAAUGAAAUGGCCCGCAAAGAGGCCUUGCACAAUAAACAGCGUAACGUCUUGAAGCGGAAAUGCGAGGAAGCUAUGGCCAUUAACAAGAGACUUAAAGAUGCUCUCGAAAGACAAAAGGUGGCCCAAACACAACGCCAAAAACUGCAGUCCGCCAAAGACGCCAACGCUGCAUCGAUGAAAAUUGAUCAGGUCAUUGCAUGCGUUGAGCGCGAAAUUGAGGUAAUUAUAUCCCUUAUUGAUGCUGAACGUACACUUGAACAAUUAAUGGAUGACCGUGGCAUAAUUAGCAGUCGUUUGGGAGAGUUGCAAAAACAACAACCUCUCCCCGAGCCCAAUUCACAAGCAGCUUUGGAAAUUGCCGUAAUGCAGGAGGAAAUCGAUAUGCGAAACGCCCAAAUUUCCGACCUCCAGCAGAAGGUCUGCGCUAAUGAUCUCGACAAGCUCAUACAAACUCUAGCGGAUAGUGUCCAAAGCAUUGCCGAGGCUCGAGCCGUGUUCAAGCAUUUGCUAAAGUCUUUGGUCGAAUUGAGGCGCGAACAAGCCCAGGCCACCGAAGACUUGCGCUCCCAAUUACAUGCUGCCGACGAUCGUUGCAAUGAGGCCUUUAAGACCAUCAAACAAAUGAAACUGGAACAUGAAGAAGUCAUCGCCGAAUAUGAGGAGAAAAUAACAGUGGCCCUUACACCCGAACAAGAACAACGUCUGAAAUUACAAGAGGAACAACAAAAGAAAAUAGAAUCUCUAAUGAUAGAAUUAGAAAACUACAAACAAAUAAGAGCCGCCGACAUGAAUCAUACACCAUUACCCGCCAAAAAGAAGAAAUCAUCCGCCAAGAGCACGGCCAUUAAGGAGGAAGAGGCAGAUAAGGAGGAAUACAUAGAAGAAAUUGAAGUAACAAGUGAGGAAGAAGACGGUAGUACAAGCAGUUCCGAUCCUGAUUGGGAACAAACCCCACUGGUACGCAAAAAGAGAGCAAAUAGCAUGCAGCAACGAACCUUUAGAAUUUCAAAGUCCAUGUCCCAGUCCGACAUCUCCCACCACAUGGAAGAGGAUCAACAACAGAUCUCCUUUGAGUCCAAUCAUUCGGGAACACUUGGAGGAACUACAAAAGCGACUGGCCAGGGUCAGCACAAGCGGAAGUCCAAGGGCUGCUCAUGCCGUGGUAACUGCUGCAACAAGCGUUGCGGAUGUAAUUCGCUCGAUCAGAAAUGUUCGGUGAACUGCUCUUGUACAGCCUUAUGUAAAAAUCGUAUUAUGCCCAUAUUUGAGAAUGAUGAUGAAUCAUCAGCGUCGGCUAAUGUUGUAGCCGCCAACGACACCGACGCCGCAGGUGACGCCGCAAAUAGUACUCACAUAAUGAAAAAUGGAAAACGUUCUUCCACCAAUGCCAAUUCAAAUGAUUCUGUAACAGACAAUGAAAAUGACCAUGAUGAUAAUAACAAAAACAAAAGCAAUACAUCCGAUGAUACCUAUGUCACAACCAAGUCAAAUUUAAAUGCCACAACCGCGUAUUUAACACCAAAAAUGGCCAGAUUAUCAACAUUUAAUUUUGAUACCGCAACAGCAAAAAAGAAAUUCUUUAAUGAUUAAAGGAAAUAAGUGCCUAAAACAAACAAACA